ACCCAAUCAGAGACAUGAUACCAAAGAAGUGGAAGCCCUCAAAGGCAGGGGCAAGAGACCCAGAAAAUCCAUGACAGACACGAUAGGAAAUGGCAAUGAGCAGCGAUCCCUCAAACAGGAGAUUGCCAUCGUCGCCGCUCAAACAAAGUGCCUGUUUGAUCAGAACGCGGAAUACCGAAAAAGCCACAAAAAAGAGUACUGCACCAUCCAAAACGUGGCAGACAACAAGGCCCCCCAUGUCACGGAGAAAGCUACCUCAGAUCGCAAAACUAUCAAGCCAGUUAGACCCUUGGCCCCCAUCCGAUACAGAAAGAAGUUCGGGGAGUGGCAGGUAGCCACAGACGUAUCCUUCGCCUUCCCGACCACGGGAGACCAUCGAACACUGGCGAGAGCAAUCAGGGAAGGUAUAUCCAAAGACUCCCCCCUAGGUGUCUACGAAAUCCCCGUCCCCCUCGGGGAAGACUCGAACAAGAUCGACCAGGAACUCGUCACAGCCAGAUCUUUUGAACCAUUCAUUGUAAAAUUAGAAGAAAAAGCGGGGCUGCACGAGGAGCUGGUGUGGAGAGCAUGGAACACCGUGACCGCCCUGCCAUACAGCACACUUGUAGGCAAGAUGUGCCCGGCAGAGGUCAUGGCCGAUUCCCUGGCAGAUCCCACAUCCUAUCCACAGAACACUCCCUACAGGACGGAGUUGUGCCACUGUACCCUGGAACCGGAGGAUGAGGACAGGCACAUGAGGGAGUACAACGACGACGACGCGCUGAACGACAAGAUAUCCUCGGGCUGUGACGGGAUAGGUACCACCCCAGCACCCGAGGGCAGCAUGGGAUCCGCCGUCGGGAGAAGGGCAAACGACGGCAGCGGUCGAACCGGAGGAAUCGGAGCUGACAGCGCAGGAACCACGGCAGCGGCUGAUUAGAGACCCCCCCCCCCAACUAACUCCGCACAAUAACCGUCACCCCAAAGAAAAUAAAACAAGAAAAGUUGC